AAAAAAAGCGCAUACCCCAUCGUUUAAGCACUUGAUGAACACCCAUCCGGGAUGUUCCGGCGUUGUAGACACGCGGCGCACGACCAUCCUUGGACAGUGGUCGCACUUAAUGAGUGGCAACGGUGCGCCGGCGAGCUUUUGGGCAAGCACCGAGCCCGGCCGGCCGCCAUUCGUGUAUCUGCCGACGGACCACCGACGGUGCAGAUCCGAGCGGCUAGAGGAGGAGCCACUGCCUGCAUGUGGCCUUGCGGCCCUGCCAGGGCCUUCCGGCGAGGUGCCCGGCCAGUCCAUGGCGCGGCCCGACCUCCCACAGCCGGCCGAGCUCAAGACCGACCGGAUCCGCCCCAAAACCGGCCGGCGGGUGCGCAAAUCAGGUGGCCGUGGUUGAGUAGCUCGGCGGCGCCGAGGGGAAGGGGUUGGGUGAGCUCAUGUCCGAACUGCGCGGCUGCAAUGGCAACGGCGGCGGCAAGGGGAAGAGUGGAGGGGGUGCGGCCGGAGGGAGGGAGGGGGCAGAUAGAAAAAGGCAUGCGUUGUGCCACCGACGGGCGGGCCAGGGGAGGACACGCACAGACGACCCGCGCGUCCGCGUGGUGUCCGUUUCACCCUAAAAGCGACGCAAACUUGGGCCGCGGAUGGGUUGAAAGCGGACAAAAGUCUGUUUGCAGCCACGCACUGGGUCGUCUCAUUUGUUUUUUUUAUCCCAAACAGACGAAGGCGGAUAGGACAGAGUCGCGCGAUGAAAUUGGCCUCAUGGAACUAGUGACCAGCCACGCAUGAAUGAACAUGUCCGCACUGCCACUGUACAUGGGCAUGCAGCAAGCUCUCCAGCCCUAAACACACCUGCAUGUCGCCAAAAGAAAAAACAAAUACAGGGCAGAUAGACCAGCAGCGCGGAUCCCAUGGUGGUGCGGUGGCGCAGAUUCCGGCCUACUUGAUGCUCGGCCUCUGUUGUCAUUUUCCGCUGCUAAAAGCGGGGACGUCGUUAGGUGCAUCACUCUCCGAAGAUGCCGGUCACCAGCCGAAGAUUUACAUACUCCCUCUGUUUUAAAAUAUAACUAGCAAUGUGACCUGCGCAUUUGCGCGUCUAGAUUUAUUGGUUAUUGUUAUGUUCAUUAUAUAAUCUCCAAAGUAUUAUUAUGGUAUAGGGUAAUUAAUUCUAUUCAUUGAAAACCUGAUAGUAAUUAAUUCUAUUAACGUGAUGGCUUGUUUUCCUAUUGUUUUAAUUAUAUAAUAGAUGCUUUUUCUAUUCCCGUGCUUCAACUUCGAUCAUAAAUUUAACCAAUAAGACCGAUUGUGAUGGGAGCAACAAUUAUGCCAGUGAAUUAGUAUUCAAAAGAAGUUUUCAAUUAUAUAAUUUUUACUCCCGCGGCAGUCGGUCUCGUUGGUUGAAUUUAUAGUCAAAGUUGGAUCUCGGAAAGCACGGGCGCAUUAUAUUUUGGAAUGAAGGGAGUAUGUUUUUAGCAUAAUAUGCAAAUGAAUGUGGUGGCUUGUUUGACUUUUCUGUUAGUAAUAAAUAAUCCAUCCAUUCCAUAAUACUCCCUCCGUCACGAUUUAAAAGGCGCGUUUGGAAAUUCUCUGAGACCUAGAUGGUUAUCUAUUGAUUGUGAGAUGGGCUAAAAAAAAUAGAAUUCACACUACGCAUGCAUAUAGAAAUAGUAUAUCAAAGUACUAAUUAGCUACUAGAAAUAAAUGCAAUGCACCCUAAACCUUGUCUAUUAUGAAAACGCACGCAAAUUUAACUGUGCCUUCUAAACUGUGACGGAGGGAGUAUAGUGCACACAUGUUUUUUAAGAUUAAAUUUUGACCGCAAAUUUAACCGGUAGAAUGCGGGUUAUGUGUCAUAAAAAUGAUACAAUUGAAUUCAUAUUCAAAAGAAGUUUCAAUGGUAUAAUUUUUCAAUAACUUGAUUUAUGUAUUAUUGAUCUACUUUAUGGAUCUUGAAAAACGGGUAAGCACUACAUCAUGAAUUGAAGGGAGUACGAGAACAAUAUGAAUAGUUUAAAAUCUACCAAACCGAACAUGGUGGCUUGAGUCGCAUAUUGCGUGGCAGUUCACUACUUUUGUAUUGGUAUAUACUCUCAACUCAUUUCACGUUAGGUGCCAUGUGGGAGCUUAUUAUAUAUUAUGGGGAAGGUGACCUACCGGCGGUUGGUGAUUCAUACUGCCGUUUAAUAUAGGCAUCUCAACAUCACGUUAGGAAGCUUCCUAGGAAAUUUCCUCCGUUGAAGUUCUAUAGUACAUCUCAACAUCAUGUAAGCUCAUUUGUCCCCAAAACUUGGCCCUGCAAGUUCUAGCAGUAGUACCACAACACAUAGAAGCGUACCCACAGAAAGAGAGAAAGUGGCGGAGGAAGGGUGAGCGAGAAGAUGGUAUCCGCCUGGACCAUCGUUCCUGGUAUUAUCGCAACGUUGCUUGUGCUUUUCAUCACCAAGUGCUGGGAUCCCGUCGCGCAGCAUUUGGGGCACCCAUUCGACGUCCCCAGGCGCGUGGACGACCUCCUGGAGGGGAUCCAGCGGCUGCUCGGCUUGACGGCGGACCACCAGCGCGAUCGUCCCAGACCCUCGUCUGCAGACGUGCAAGGCUGGAUGUCGUGCAUUCAAGCAUCGCAGCAGGCGGCACAAGUUAUCAUGGGCAGGAGGGAUGCGCUGCUGACCCAUGACCUUGGUGGUCGGACUGAGUUCGCGGGCCUCCUUGCCUGGCUUGGGAAGCACCUCAAAAACUACCGGGAGAGAUGCUCUGUCGGCAAGCUAGCAGAUCUGGAGCUUGAAAAAGUCAAGGUACUUAUCGCCCGUGGGGAGGCAUACUGGAAGGAGGCGCAUGCUGCUCCCCACGGUCGCAAUAUCCGUUGGGCGACCCAUCCACGGGCCGUUUCCAACGCGACCCUACGUGCCAACAUGACCCUUGACAGAGCGGUCCACAGAUGGGGAUCGGGAAUCAGGGCAAUGGAACAUAUGCUUGUCCGGGCUCUCCGAUUUGUUGAAGACACAACUCCUGGGUCCUUCGGGGUAUGGGGCAUGGGCGGUGUGGGCAAGACCACCCUUCUGGAGCUUGUGCGUGAUUCUGGCUGGGAGUCCUUCGACCAUAUUGUUUUUGUGAAGGUUGGCAAACAGUACGAUGUCCAUAAGGUGCAACAGUGCAUUGCAAACAAUGUCGGAGCGUCAUUGUCCUCCGAAUCCAGUAUGCAACACUCUGCUGACACCAUUUAUAAUCAUCUGAGAGACAAAAACUUCUUGUUGCUGCUGGAUGACCUAUGGAAACGCCUUGACUUGCAAGCAAUCGGCAUCCCACCAAUUACUGGGGAACCGGGGCGGCAUCGUAAAGUUAUAGUAACAUCAAGAAGAAACACCGUAUGCGCCAAUAUGAGAUGCCAAGAAAACAACAUCAUAGCUGCAGGGUGCUUGAACAAAGAAGAUGCGUUGCUACUCUUCCUGGAUAAAGUCGGGAACCGCGCCAUCCAAGCCCACUCUCGGAUUCCCAGCCUGGCUAAGGAGGUGGCAGCGCAGUGUGGUGGCUUACCACUAGUUCUGUGCGUCGUCGGUUCAGCUAUGUCAGCGAAGGAAGAUCCUGGGCUAUGGCUGAAUGCAAUAAACAGAUUGAAGAAGUCAAAGGUCCACAAUAACCUCGAUACAGAUGAAGAGGUAUACCAGUGUCUAAAAUACAGUUUUGACAAUCUGGCAAAUGAUGGACUGCGAGGCUGUCUACUAUUGUGCUCUUUGUGGGCUCAAAACGAGAGCAUCCCUAAGGAGCAGCUUAUCCAAUGGUGUAUUGGGCUUGGUUUUUCAGAAGCUUCUGAUGGUUUUGAAGGAGGGGAAGAGAUGAUCCAUUGUCUGCUGGAUGCGUCGCUCUUGGAGAAGAAAGGAAGCAAGGUGGUUGAGAUGCACGACGUCAUCCGUGACAUGGCACUGUGGAUUUUGGAAGCUGACAGCAGGGAACAAGCACCGAUGAGAGAUGAGAGGUGGAGCGUGCUGAAGCAAGUAUGGAUCGAGGAGACAGAACGGCCUAUGGGGAAUAGCAACAUGUGGCCCAUAUGUGAGAGGAAGCUAGCACGGAUGAAGGGCAUCGAGAAGAACUGGCACACAUUGUCUACCAAUCAUGCAUGGCCUGCCAAGAAAGAUUGGCCCAAGCUCGAGAUGCUGGUAAAGCGGAAGGAUUGCUUAUCUUCACUACCAAGCAUCUCUGAUUUCAAAGCUUUGACCUUUUUAGAUUUGGGUUCCCAAUUUAGAUUGGAGGAAUUUCCAAAGGAGAUAUGUGAGUUGAUCGAGCUAGAAUACCUCAACAUUGUGGGAAGUGGGAUGUUUGCGCUGCCGAUGGAGCUCGGGAAGCUGUCAAAGCUCAAGCAUUUGCAUCUAAGGCAAGCUUGGAACCUUCGAGCAAUACCAAGAGGAUUAUUCUCAGGACUUCAGAACAUUCAAGUGGUGGACCUUUUCUGUGACAGUUCGGAGCGUCCUUACCGUCCAAAGUCUGAUGCUGUUUCCUUUUCUCCUCUUCUACUAGCAUUGGCAGACCCAGAAAUAGACAACUUGCAAAUUCUUGGGAUUUGCCUGCAGGGACAGAGUGCUAAUAUCGAGAUCCUAAAGAAGAUGAAGAGGGUGCGUGUACAGUCACUUUGCUUGCUUAAUCCAUUUUUCUGCAGUGAGCACCAGCAGCCCCAGGCAAAAAACUGCAACGUAAUGAAUUUGAAGCUGCUCGGCGAUCUAGACAGCCUAAAGGAGCUGGCCAUUUCUAGCUCUGACAGUUUGCGGGAGGUUGCCGCUGAAUGGGAUCCCACGCAGUCUCCUAGUAAAGAUGUGCUACUCCCAAACCUCAACCAUCUCUGUUUGGAAAACCUCAGUACACUGGAGAAAGUAAUAUGGAGGAAUACAGGAAAUCACCUUCGAGAGGUAUAUAUUAUCAAAUGUGGAAGAAUAAAGCAUGCUACAUGGGUACUGCAGCUUAAAUUCCUCGAACUUCUGGAUAUUCGUGGUUGCACACGACUUGAACUCCUGGUUGAUAUAUCAGAGCUGUGGCCUGAAGAAAUUGCAAGUAAUCCACCCAGGGUGAUUUUUCCACAACUUAAAAGUAUCACUUUAAUUCACCUUCCAGAGUUAUCUACCAUCUGUGUGUUGCCUUGCGAUUUUGAGAAGCUGGCCAGGCUUUCAGUUUCUUCAUGUAGUAAGCUGACAGCCAUUUCUACUCACCGUCCUGUCAAUGCGGCCAGACCCGCCCUUCUUACAGUGGGUGAAGAUGAAUGGUUUGCUCGAUUGGAACACAAUCCCCACAUUCGGCGUACCUCUCGCGCAUUCAUAGCAGAGUUUUUUGAGCCUAUGAUUUGUCAUUUCGGGAAGUCUGUCCUGCGUUUUAGAUUGAACAAACUGGUUCGACACAGGCGGGCUGAAUUAAUUCCUCGCUCCCUGCCCUCCAAGUCUGAAGUUUUGGAUUGCAGAAUGGCUAGAGAUGGAGGGCCUGAUUCUUUGGAGUUAUUAAUAAGAAAUUUUAAGUGGUCAAAGGAAGUUCCCCGCAUUAGUAAUCGGAACAAGGAGUAUAAGAAAAAAAAUAAGCACCCUCAUAGUUGGAGCUCUCAAUGUCACAAUGGUAAGCUUGAAGAAUUUAGGGGGGAGGACGAGGCAAGGAUGAGGGGGGGAGUGCUACCAUUGCUCGACAUGACGGAAGAGCAUGCCAGAAACAGUUUUUGGGUGAGUAUGAGUAGUAAAUCAUCUACCUCGCCAUCUACCAUUGCAUUACAAAAGCGGGACAUGCAGACAUUGCGCAGCAAGUUGGGGAAUGAGAAGAAUGAUGUACUCACCGAGGCCCUAGGAAAUGCAGAGCAUUCUGGUCAAGUUAAAGCCAGGCACAGAAGAUCCAGAGCAGAAUAUGACGGCAUGGAAGUUACCAGUGUUCAAACGGUAAGGGGAGAAUGCAAGGAUCAAGUCAGUAUCUUCAAGAAGGAGCUUAAACGGCGAAGGUUUGUCGGAGAGGAUGUGCAGAAAAUGGAGAUCCAUUUUAGUUGUUCCUCUAUCCGCAAUAUCUCAGCAGAAAUCCCAGCCACAUAUCUUGUCAGCGACACCAAAGUGCCGAAAGCUUUGGGGAAGGUACAUCUACCCAUAGCAGAGGAGACGCUCACUGCCAUUGAUGACGUGGAAGGUGCAAGUGAGCUAUUUGUUGGUGAGCCUCCGGAAUGGCAAACUGACCUAAGAGAUGCCAAAAUCAAAUGUGUCCAAUGGCCCAGGAAGGACACUGACUUUGAUCAAGUCCUACCAACAGCACUGGCAGAAGCAACAACAAUAGCACCGCCACAGCAACGAUUACCAACAAUAAUAUCAUUUGCAGCAGCAACAAGAGGGCAGCCGCCACCACGACCACGACCAGAAACAACAAAAACAAGGACAGUGGCGACACCACCACAUGCAGCAGUAGCAACAACACCAGUUGCAGCAGUGCUAAGCUGGCGACGGCCAGCAGCAGGGUCAACACUAGUGGUAGCAAGGUACAAAACACUAGUGACAACACCAGCGGCAACACUAAUGGCAACAAAGCAUGCAGCACCAGCAAGCCAGAAGAAAAAAGCCCUAGUGAAAAUGGUCAAACCCAACCAAAACAAGACUGUUGACGAGCUCAACGAGGAGCAGCUUCUUUUUGCACUGCAGAUAAGCUUGGUUGCUACUAAUACCCGGAAAUUCAAGAAUGGCGAACCAUUGGUCGAGCUGUCAGAUGAAGAAAUGGAGAAAGAAUUUGGACCUGCUUGUCUGAUUUUCCAUGAUUAUUACAUGGAGAAAUCAAAAAAUCAGGCAAAUGAGCGGUCUUCUAGUUUCACCGCAAAAUUCGAACAUAAACAUUUUCACCAUUCCGAGGAAGACUAUGCAAUUCCUGUGCAAUUCGAGGACUUGUUCGAGCUGUACAACCUUGGUGCCCUUGAAGCGGGUCUCAUGAGAUUGUGGACAUUACACUUGAUUAAGGUCGCAGAAGAUAGUAAAGCACCAGUGGGUUUUCUCGAUGCACACAUGAUAUCAUCAAGGCAAAUCAAUACCAUGCGAGACCAAACCCACCGGUAUAUGGUCUAUGCAUUGAAUGCUCAAUGCACCAAGGAGUACAUCAUUUUUCCCUACAACAAUGGUGCGCAUUGGGUUGCAGUUGUACUUCUGCCAAAAUUGAACAAGGUAAUAUACCUUGAUUCAAUCAGGGGGGACAACAGAUACAAAGAACUCGAGGAAGUACUAAACAGUGCAUUCUUGGAGGUUUGUAAUCAUCAAACUGGAGGGACCAGCCAUUCAGCGCAGCUGUGCCAUGACUUCAAUGUGAUGUGCCACCAGCAGCCAAUGGGUACCCAGCUAUGUGGAUUCUACGCAUGCCGCCACAUGCAAAUCGUCUUCAAUGCGGCGGAAGCAAAAGAUUGCGAGAUAAUAUAUAACAUAUCUAAAAGCAAAUUGGGAAUGCACGAGCUUGCCAAAAUCCGCCACGAACUUGUUCACUACAUAAAUACAGAAGUUAGAGAGGAAUUUGUCCAAGUAAAAUGAUGCUGCAGUUGCGACUUUGAUUUGUGGGGUAUAUGUAGCCGACAUGAUUUGUGUGGUAUAUUUAGCCGACAUGUAUCUUUGGUUGCACUUAAUGUAGUAGCUAGUUGCAUUGGCAAAACUGAGCUUGUUUUGUACUCCCAACUUUGUGGAGGAGCUUGUAAGUUGUAACAACAAUACUACUCCCCCCAUUCCUAAAUAUAAGUCUUUUUAGAGAUUUCAAUAUGAACUAUAUACGGAUAUAUAUAUAUAGACGUAUUUUAGAGUGUAUAUUCACUGAUUUUGCUUUGUAUAUAGUUCAUAUUGAAAUCUUUAAAAGGACUUAUAUAUAGGAACGGAGGGAGUAUAUCAUAUUUGGACGGAGGUUUUCAGUGCAGCAGCUACGGCUAAAUAUUGGUGGACCAACAGAGCCCAGAAAGGGGAGGCCAAGAUGAACCCAACCCAAUCAUCAACAGCAAAUCCUUUUAGUCAUAGUAUUCCAGCCAUGCCACUUCCCAGGACCAUCUUGAUCUUCAGGACUCCUUCAGUUCUUUCUCUAUCUUGGCUUUCUCUCGAAACAAGCUUUCGCCCCCGCUAUACUAAUACAUUAACCACACCAUACAACUGCGAGACCACUGCCGUUGUAAACAGCACAAUCAAGCCCAAGAGAAAAAACAAGAGAAAGAAAAGAGAAACUAAUGCCAACAGCGGCGGAUUGACGAAAGCGAAGAUGUCCUGCAACCACUGCACCCUCCGGAGAAUUCCCACCACGCUCCUAAGCCUCCAAAUUGCCGCGUACCAAGCAACACCUUGAAGAAGGAAUGCGCUACUGCCGGGACUGAUCCUAGGAUUUCUUCCGAUACAUGGAGGGGAGUGGGGAAGGACCAGGUCGUUGAGUGAUACGUCUCCGUCGUAUCUAUAAUUUUUGAUUGUUCCAUGCCAAUAUUCUACAACUUUCAUAUACUUUUGGCAACUUUUAAUACUAUUUUUGGGACUAACAUAUUGAUCCAGUGCC